AUGGCGUCUUCUUCGUUAUCCGUCACGUCUCCGGCUGCUUCCGUCUAUGCAGUCACCCAAACAUCGUCCCACUUGCCUCUCCCAACCCGCCCUCACCUCCCUCGCAAAGUUUCUUUCCGUCUCUCCGCCAAGCCUAAGCUUCGCUUUCUAUCCAAGCCAAGUCGCAGUAGCUACCCUGUGGUGAAAGCCCAAUCGAACAAGGUUGGUAGCGGUGCAUCAUCAAAUGCUUCAGCUCCUGCAAAAGUUGAUGGCCCAUCAGCUGAAGGAAAAGAUAAGAACUCAUUGAAAGUCUCUUCUUCUUCUUCUUCUUCACCUGAUUUAGCUACAGAAGAGUCUAUCUCUGAGUUCCUUACCCAAGUUACAACUCUUGUCAAGCUUGUGGAUUCUAGAGACAUUGUCGAGUUGCAGUUGAAACAACUCGAUUGUGAACUUGUCAUUCGAAAAAAGGAAGCUUUACCUCAACCCCAGUCCCCUGCACCGUAUGUGAUGAUGCAGCAACCAAACCAACCAUCUUUUGUGCAUUCAAUGGCUCCUCCUCCUGCACCUGCUGCCUCACCUGCACCUUCUACUCCAGCUUCCUUGCCUCCACCAUCCCCACCUACUCCAGCUAAAUCAUCGCUUCCCACUGUUAAAAGUCCCAUGGCAGGCACAUUCUACCGCAGUCCAGGACCCGGUGAACCACCUUUUAUUAAGGUUGGAGAUAAAGUGCAGAAGGGGCAAGUUCUAUGCAUCGUGGAAGCCAUGAAGUUAAUGAAUGAAAUAGAGUCUGACCAAUCGGGAACUGUAGUCGAUAUCGUUGCAGAAGACGGCAAGCCUGUUAGCCUCGACACUCCUCUUUUUGUGGUUCAACCGUAG